GUAUAUGGAUGCCCACCCAUCAUUUUCAGCCACCCAGACCCAGACAAAGCCAGCCGCUGGAGGAGGAACCCUAAUCCCAUCAGUUUCCCAAUUCCAUUUCUCCAUUGAUAAACAAGUUGCUGUUUCGUUUCCCCACCUGUUCCUAUACUACAGUACCUAAAAAUUCCAGGCACCUACCUCUUAUUCCAAUCUGCAAAAGGUCAAUUCGGGGCUUUAUUUAGGCCAAUUGGUGGGAAGGUUGUGUGUGUGGUUUCAACCUGCCGGCCGUUUCUUGGCGAGUUGAAUUUGGGUGCCUCUUGCUCCAGCCAGUACUUUAUUGAGCUGGAUUCUGAUACCCGGUGAUUCUUGCUUGUUGCAGGCUACGGCGAGGAAUUGGGCCUGUCAUCAUCUCAAAUCGGUGCCUCGUUGGGUUAAACAGAAGGAUUCCUUGAUGGGCGACGCCAUGGGGGUCAGCACACUGCAGGCACCAUAAACUGAGAUGUGAGAUUUGGUGGCGUCAGCUGGCUGGAGAUUCUUGGUGUGCCCACAGACAGAAACUGAUUUGGCGACGGAGGUUGCAGGAGGAGGAGGAUGUCUUUCAGGAGCCUGAUUCAGGACAUGAGGGACGAGUUCGGGAGCAUCUCGCGGCACACCCUGCGGUCCCGGUCUCACCGGUCCGCCGGCAACGCGUCGCGGGCGGCGGUCGCGGAGCCGUCGGAGGCCAUGGAUCAGAGCUGCUGGGCGCAGCUGCCCCCCGAGCUCCUGCGGGAGGUGCUGGUGAGGAUCGAGGCGUCGGAGAGCUGGUGGCCGGCCCGCAAGGACGUCGUGUCGUGCGCCGGCGUCUGCCGGACCUGGCGGGGCAUAAUGAAGGAGGCCGUGUGCGUCCCGGAGGUGUCAGGGAAGCUCACGUUCCCCAUCUCGCUCAAGCAGCCUGGCCCAAGGGAUGGCACUCUUAAAUGUUUCAUCCGGAGGAAUCGGACUACUCAGACAUAUUAUCUGUAUAUUGGACUGACAGAAGAUGAUGGGAAAUUUCUACUUGCUGCACGCAAGUGCCGGAAGCCCACAUGCACAGACUACCUAAUUUCUCUUGAUAAGGUUGAUAUGUCAAAGGGAAGCAGCACCUAUAUUGGCAAGCUAAGAUCAAACUUUCUUGGUACAAAGUUCACAGUCUAUGAUGCUCAUCCACCAUAUGAUGGAGCUGUGGUCUCAAAGAGUCGCUCUGCACGUGUGGUUGGUUUGAACCAGGUCUCCCCCAGAAUCCCUGCUGGGAACUAUCCUGUUUCACAUAUUUCGUACGAGCUGAAUGUUCUGGGAUCCAGAGGUCCAAGAAGGAUGAACUGUGUUAUGGAUUCCAUCCCCGCAUCAGCUGUUGAGGAAGGAGGGAAAGCUCCAACACAGACUGAAUUUCCACUCAGUAGCCUUGAUUCUUUCCCAUCAAUUCCAUUCUUCAGAUCUAAAUCAGCUCGGAUAGACACAACUUCGCAAUCAUCGACUCAGAAGGAAGAUAGGCUCGUGCUGAAGAAUAAGUCUCCUAGGUGGCAUGAACAACUGCAGUGUUGGUGCCUGAAUUUUCGUGGUCGGGUCACUGUUGCCUCAGUAAAAAACUUUCAGCUGGUGGCUUCUGAAGACAACGGAUCAGGUAACCAGGAGAAUGACAAGGUGAUUCUCCAGUUUGGAAAGAUUGGAAAAGACUUGUUCACCAUGGACUACCGUUAUCCGAUAUCAGCAUUUCAAGCUUUUGCAAUUUGCCUGAGCAGCUUCGAUACCAAAAUAGCCUGCGAAUGAGGCAAGGUGCCGGACAAUGAUGGCAGAUCGAAGGUGAAAGCAGGGCUGCAGACAUGAUUCAUGCUUGAUGCUGAAGCUGGAGGGUUGGGAAAUACCAUAUCUCCUGAAGAAGUCGAUGAGUUUGUGUGUAAAUGGCUAUGCCUAGUUGUUCCCGGCUUGUUGUGCCCUAGUUUAUUUUUCCACGCAACUUCGAUGUGUGCAUUCUUUGCCGGUGUUGGCAAGUCAAAGUCUAGUGUGGAAGACGGCUUGUGCUUGUGUGGCCAUCGUCCAUCGGUGACUUGAGUUCGUAAGAAUAGGAGGCUUCCAGUGAUACGGAUAUCAUAAUGCCGUACAAGUUCUUGAGUUUAAUGUUUGGUUGAUAUUUCGGUUCAUAUGUCAGAAUGCUUUUUCUCCGACAAGUUCA